AAUCCAAUCAUCCAAAUAGUUUCUAGUUUUACGGCCCCCACGCUCUAUCUCUCUCUUUUUCUCGUGCAAAUGGAGCUUGUUCACCGACUCACCCCUGGCGGAUUUCCUGCUAACUACCCACAACCUCUUUGUCCUCUUAGAAAUUCCUAAUUUUCUUUUAUUACCCUCACUUCACCGCUCUUCUUCCAGUCCAUUAUCAUAAUCCCUAAUCCCUUUAUCAAUUCAAAUCGGCCAAUCCAUGAUCGCCCUCCCACGCCUUUGACCUUCUCCUUCUCCUCUUUUACCAAUUCUUUCAUCUCACCAGUCUUCUUCCGUUCUGUUGACCCCUAAAAACGCAAUCUUGAUCCAAUCCCCAAUUUAUUCCAUGCCCUUCUUCUUCCUCUAGCUGCGGCCAUGGCUACAGAGCGGCCUCUCCUCGACCUCUCCCCUCGCCCCCCAAACCCUGCAGCUGAUAUCCUCAAACCCAUCCCUUCCUCCCGUAGCUCCAGACGCUCCCGCGGCUCCCGCGGCUCUCUUGACCGCAUCACUUUCGCUCCCCCACCAACGGUUAUUCGUUACGGCUCCCGUGCGGAAUCUGAUCGUGCAAACGCCUCGCAGAAAGAUAUACCUGACGAGGACGCGCGCCUCGUGCGUAUCAACGACCCAACUGGCACCAACGAGCACUUCGAGUUCUCCGGCAACUCCAUCCGCACCGCAAAAUACUCAAUCCUCACCUUCCUCCCACGCAACCUCUUUGAGCAGUUCCACCGCGUUGCUUACAUCUAUUUCCUCGUCAUCGCCAUCCUUAACCAGCUCCCUCAGCUCGCCGUUUUCGGUCGCGGGGCUUCCAUCCUCCCUCUUGCUUUUGUUCUUUUCGUCACCGCCAUCAAAGACGCCUACGAAGACUAUCGUCGCCACCGUUCCGACCUCAUCGAGAACAACCGCACCGCCCAAGUCCUCACGGCCGGCGAUUUCCGCCCUAAAGGAUGGAAGGAUAUCCGCGUCGGGGAGAUCAUUAAGGUCCAAUCGAACGAAACCCUGCCCUGUGACAUUGUCCUCCUAUCCACCAGCGAUCCGACCGGCGUCGCCUAUGUACAGACAAUAAAUCUCGACGGCGAGUCAAAUCUCAAGACCCGGUAUGCCAAGCAGGAGACACUUUUCCGAACUCCGGAGAAACAAGGGCUCACUGGGUUGAUCCGUUGCGAAAACCCUAAUAGGAACAUAUAUGGCUUCUAUGCCAAUAUGGAAAUUGAUGGCAAGCGAGUCUCUCUCGGCCCCUCGAAUAUAAUUCUUCGAGGAUGUGAGCUCAAGAAUACUUCUUGGGCUGUUGGGGUUGCUGUUUAUGCUGGUAGAGAGACGAAAGUGAUGCUAAACAGCUCAGGAUCCCCAUCCAAAAGGAGCCGGCUUGAGACGCAUAUGAACAGGGAGACCUUUCUUCUAUCUGCUCUUCUGAUUGUACUGUGUACUUUGGUGGCUGUUUUUACUGGGGUAUGGUUGGCAAUUCAUAAGAGUGAAUUGGAGUUGGCUCAGUUCUUCAGGAAGAAGAACUACUCCAACCAUAAAGGAGACAAUUAUAAUUACUAUGGGAUAGGGAUGGAGGUGUUUAUUAGGUUCCUCAUGGCAGUGAUCGUGUUUCAGAUCAUGAUCCCCAUUUCUCUCUAUAUUUCUAUGGAGCUUGUACGGCUUGGACAAGCCUAUUUUAUGAUUCAGGAUUCUAAUUUGUAUGAUGAGACAUCGCAUUCGCGAUUCCAGUGUCGAGCUUUGAACAUAAAUGAGGAUUUGGGUCAGAUAAAGUACGUGUUCUCAGACAAAACAGGUACUUUGACAGAGAAUAAGAUGGAGUUCCAGUGCGCUAGUAUUAGUGGAAUUGAUUACAGUAAUGGGAAAGCUUCGGUCCCUGAUGAUCGCGGAGUCUAUUCGGUCAUAGUUGGGGAUCAGUAUUGGAGGCCGAAGAUGGUAGUAAAAACUGAUCCUGAGCUACUGAAGCUUUUGAGAAACAGGAGGAAUACGGAGGAAGGAAGAAGUGCUAGUAAUUUCUUCUUUGCUUUGUCUGCUUGCAAUACUAUAGUGCCUUUGGUUGUGGAUACACCAGACCCAGCGCAGAAGUUGAUAGAUUAUCAAGGGGAAUCCCCUGAUGAACAGGCGCUGGUCUAUGCAGCUGCUGCAUAUGGCUUUGUACUAAUUGAACGAACUUCUGGACAUAUAAUAAUUGAUGUUCUUGGAGAUAGACAGAGGUUUGAUAUAUUGGGUCUUCAUGAGUUUGACAGUGAGAGGAAGAGGAUGUCAGUUAUAGUUGGCUUUCCUGAUAAAACAGUGAAGAUUUUUGUUAAAGGUGCAGACAGUUCCAUGUUUGGUGUUAUGGAAAAAAAUUUGAAUGCGAACAUAAUUCAGGCAACUGAGUCACACCUUAAAACCUACUCAUCAGUGGGUCUGAGAACAUUGGUGAUUGGUAUGCGAGAGAUGAAUAGGAUGGAAUUUGAGGAAUGGCAUUCUUCCUACGAGAAAGCAAGCACAGCAUUGUUUGGGAGGGGAAGUUUACUAAAAGCAGUUGCAGCCAACAUAGAAAGCAAUCUCAGCAUAUUAGGGGCCUCUGGAAUUGAAGAUAAGCUGCAGCAAGGUGUUCCUGAAGCUAUUGAAUCUUUGAGGCAAGCUGGGAUCAAGGUCUGGGUAUUGACCGGCGACAAGCAAGAGACUGCGAUUUCAAUUGGUUAUUCUUGUAAGCUCCUGACCGGAGAAAUGAUCCAGAUUAUAAUAAAUAGCAAUUCUAAGGAGUCAUGUAAAAAGAGUUUAGAGGAAGCCCUUGCCACAACCACCAAACUAGCAUCAAUGCCUCCAGCAGCAGAAACUACUGCAACAGGAUUAGGUGCUGGUAGGACUCUUGCUCUGAUUAUUGAUGGGAAAAGUCUUCUCUAUAUUCUUGAGACAGAAUUAGAAGGGGAGCUUUUCAAAGUAGCAACAUCGUGUCAUGUUGUUUUAUGCUGUCGAGUGGCUCCAUUGCAGAAGGCUGGGAUAGUUGCUCUAAUCAAGAAGAGAACAGAUGAUAUGACCCUUGCAAUUGGAGAUGGUGCAAAUGAUGUUUCGAUGAUCCAGAUGGCUGAUGUCGGGAUAGGGAUAAGUGGGCAAGAGGGCCGACAGGCGGUGAUGGCCUCAGACUUUGCUAUGGGCCAGUUCAGAUUCUUAGUUCCCCUUUUAUUUGUUCAUGGCCACUGGAAUUACCAAAGAAUGGCAUAUAUGAUAUUGUACAAUUUCUACAGGAAUUCAAUUUUUGUAUUUGUACUUUUCUGGUAUGUACUAUAUACAGCUUUUAGUUUAACAACUGCAAUCACAGAAUGGAGUAGUGUCUUGUACUCAGUUAUCUAUACUGCUCUCCCUACCAUAGUUAUUGGAAUUCUUGACAAGGAUUUGAGUAGGAAAACGCUUCUGAAGUAUCCACAACUCUACGGUUCCGGCCAAAGAGAAGAAAGAUACAACCUAAAGCUCUUUAUUCUUACUAUGAUGGAUUCUAUUUGGCAAAGUUUAGCCAUCUUCUUCAUUCCAUAUCUUGCUUAUCGGCACAGUACAGUGGAUGGAUCCAGCAUUGGUGACCUCUGGACCCUCGCAGUAGUUAUUAUGGUGAAUAUUCACUUGGGUAUGGAUGUUUUCAGGUGGAAUUGGGUUACACAUGUAUCCAUAUGGGGCUGCAUUGUUGCAACAUUCAUUUGCGUCAUCAUCAUAGAUGUGUUGCCCAUUCUUCCAGGAUUCUGGGCAAUCUUUCAUGUAAUGGCGACAUGGGUAUUCUGGUUUUGCUUGGUUGCCAUCCUUGUGGCAGGGAUGAUUCCUCGAUUUACAAUGAAGGCUUUUUCCGAGUUCUUCUUUCCGAGCGAUAUCCAGGUUGCCAGAGAACUAGAGAAGUUUGGAAACAUAAAUGAGAACCGAGUUUCUGAAGUUGCAAUGAGCACUUUCUCAAACAACCAACAACAGAGCAUACUGUAGAUUUUUGUUAUCUUUCAAUUCUUCCAAUUUCAUCUUUUUUUUAUGUUUCUUUGUGUAUAUAAGCAAUUCUUUGAGCUGUUGAUGCGGUUUAAGGUCGCAUGCAAGCUGCUUGUUAGCCUAUUCAAAGGGUUAGAUUUGUAGUUCAUCUUCUUCUGUAUUUAUAACAUUUUGUUUUUCUUUACUAAUAUCUCAAAUGCAAAUUAGAGUUAUACACAUUAUACGUUA